AUGGCGGUGGAUUCUUCCGUCGCUUCUUUCGACGACACGACCCGAACCGAUGGUUCCUCUUUUGAAGCCGACGAUGUCUUGGCUUUUCUGGAAAACAAUUUACAAAACGUUCGUGACCUGUGUGUCUCGAAACUUUGGAACGACGACCGCCUCGCUGAUUUAGACGAUUUCUUACGGAGCCAUCACGCUGCUCUGCACCUACAAGCCUUGCGCUUACCCAACAACGGACUUACAUCCCGUUCCUCGGUUAACCUUGCCAACAUUCUUUCCACAACGCAAACCCUGCGCGAACUCGAUUUGUCCGACAAUCAAGUGGAGUCCCAGGGACUGCUGGCGCUGUUGCCGGCGUUGACGCACGAAACCUGCGCACUCCGGCGCCUCGACUUGUACAAUAAUAAACUCGGCGCCACCGGGGCCACACAAAUUGCCGCCAUUCUACGGGACAACCGAUCUCUUCGCGAACUCCGCAUUGGCAAAAACAAUCUCGGCCGGAAAAAGUCCCUCAAAGUAAUUUCCACGGCGCUGCAACGGAACGCAACCCUGCGAACGCUUGAUCUGUCGCACAACCAAAUUGAUGACGGCGGCGCCAUUUUAUUGGCGCCCGUUUUGGAUCCGGAAGUCUCACAGUCACGUUUGCGCCGCUUGGACUUGACCUACAACAAAAUUUGGCCAGAGGGUGUCCGAAACCUUACCGGAGCCCUGCUGGAAGGCAACCGGACCUUGCGAUGUUUGAACUUGAGUAUGAAUCACGUUGGACCCGAGGGGGCGGAGUCAUUGGCGGUCCUAUUGAAGUUCUCCUUCACGUUGCAGGAACUUUUACUGUCGCGCAACGCUUUGGGAGACCAUGGCGUCAAAUUAUUGUGCCAAGGGCUAGACGAGAGUAAAUUGUUGAGUGGGACAGGCUUGCAAAGAUUGGAUUUGGACUGGAACGAGAUACACGACGACGGAGCCAAGGAAUUGGCGACAAUGCUGCUAGACAACGCUAUACUGGAGUCCCUCAACUUGGCGAGUAACGCUAUCGGUAGCGAUGGAGCCAAGGCUCUAGCGAAUGCUCUGCACUCCAAUCAAGCUUUGACAUUUUUGAAUCUAAUGGGAAACCAAAUUCGAGAUCCUGGUGCGUUCUCUCUAGCCGAGAACCUUUGCCGCCCGUCGUGUCGAGUGGAAACGUUGCUGUGGGAAAAGAACAAUUGUUUGACGCCUUUGGGAGAAGAGCGACUCAUCGCGGCGUUUGACUUUCGGAAGAACCGGAGAACGUGGCUAGGUCAGAUACUUCGUGAAAUAGAAACAUGCCAAAGUGUCAAUUUCAAUUUGUUGUCGUGCAAACUCAGCGACGAGGAAAUUAUGGCGUUAGCGAAACAUCUCGCUCAGUACCGGCCUCGAGUUUCGACCGCGUAUCUGGGUGGACACGGCGUAACAGUUCGAAGCAUGAAAGUUUUGGCCAAGGACGUGCUUGCCAACAACCACGUCAAUCUUCAACGGUUACACUUACAGCAUACUCGUGUUGGGGAUGAAGGGGCAGGAGCAUUGGCGGAAGCACUGCUGUCUAACUCCAAUUUGCGAACUUUGACAUUAUUCGAUUGUAGUAUAAGCCCAGAAGGAGCAAAGUUGUUGGCGCAUACGUUGGCUCAGAACAAGUCUUUGACACAACUAAAUCUUCACAAGAAUGCAAUCGGGAACCGAGGGGCACAGGAGCUUUUUACGGCUUUAGUUGACCCACCGCAUCCCUCACUGGUUGUGUUGAAUUUAGAACAGAACGAAAUUAGCGACGGUGCACUCUUGCAGUUCCAAUCGUUUGGCAGACUGCAGCAGCUGAACAUUGCUUCCAACAAUUUCACAGACCGUGCCGCCUUGGAUUUGGCCAAGGCAUGUUUCAACUCUUUGGCCAACGGCACCCUUCAGCUAAGCUGGCUGACGGUGUCGAACAAUUUUAUCUCAAAGAAAGGCUUGAAGGCCUUGGCAUUAUUUCUUCCGGACGGGUUAGUCCUCGAAAAUGAUGGCCAAUUAGAAGCGCAAACGGUAUUACCAAUUAGAAGCGCAAACGGUAUUGACGCGUUGUACAACAAAGCUUCUCUUAGCUAGCAAUAAG